UAGAAUGGAUAUAUCUAUAUAUGGAACAAGCCAGCCUUCCGUUACUUUCACUCGAGUAUAUAAUUUAUUAUAUUUUUUACUUUUAUUUCUUCUCUCUCUCUCUCUCUUUUUUUUUUCUUCCUUGUCUUUUUUUAAGCAACUAUCAGCAAGCAGUCUGACGACUAAAAAAAUAAGAGAAGAACGAAAUCGAAUCUGAAAGAGAGAUGUCACUAAAUCACGAAAGAAUUCAUCGAAACAGAGCAGGUGACUAGUAUGGUAGCUCGAGAUGUCGUCGACGAUAUUCGGUUUGAGAGGAUCACCAGCUCAACUCCUAAACCAACGACCGAUCCCACAAGAAAACGUCCCCAGAAAGACUUGGUUAUCCUCAAGGAAUACCAGGAUGUAGGGAAGACGAUCGAACGAAAUCGAUUCCAGCUGCUGGAAAACCAUCUCGCCCUCAGCAACCAGAAAAAAGUCCUACGGAUGAUAUCAAAAAGCCGACCGAUAGAGGGAACACCACGAGAUUAUGUCUCACCAACGAGAAAGCAGCACCAAUACCAGCGGCCGGCAAACCAAGUAGACCGGAAAGAGAGAUCAUCAAGUCCAGAGAAGCUUGGAAAAGUUGAAAAAUUGUUGACUCGUCCAAAGAUGAUAAACCAGUUGAAGGAAAACCCAGUCGUCCAGAGGAUAGACCAGCUGCAGGGAAACCAAGCCGUCCUGAUGAAAAAUCAAUUGCAAGCAAACCAAGUCGUCCUGAUGAAACUCAUGAAAGACCAGCUGCAGGGAAACCUAGUCGUCCUGAUGAUAGACGUACUGUUGACAAACCCAUUCAUCCUGAUGAAACUUAUGAAAGACCAGCUGCAGGGAAACCUAGUCGUCCUGAUGACAGACAUACUGUUGACAAACUCAGUCAUCCUGAUGAAAUUCACGAAAGACCAGCUGCAGGGAAACCUAGUCGUCCUGAUGACAGACGUACUGUAGACAAACCCAGUCAUCCUGAUGAAACUCAUGAAAGACCAGCUGCAGGGAAACCUAGUCGUCCUGAUGAUAGACGUACUAUAGACAAACUCAGUCAUCCUGAUGAAACUCAUGAAAGGCCAGCUGCAGGGAAACCUAGUCGUCCUGAUAAAAAACCAGCUGCAGGCAAACCCAGUCGUCCUGAUGAGCCUGAUGAAGACCAGUUGCAGAGAAAUCUAGUCGUCCUGAUGACAGACAUACUGUAGACAAGCCCAGUCGUCCUGAUGAAUUUUAUGAAAGACCAGCUGCAGGGAAACCUAGUCGCCCUGAUAAAAAACCAGCUGCAGGCAAACCCAGUUUCCUGACGAGCCUGAUGAAAGACCAGCUGCAGGGAAGCCUAGUCAUCCUGACGAAAGCUCAAUUAUAGGAAAACCCAGUUAUUUUGAUGAACCUGAUGUAAGAUCAACUGAAGACAAACCCAGUCGUCCAGAGGAUAGACGACCAGCUGCAGGCAAACCCAGUCGACCAGUUGAUAGACCAAUUGCUGCCAAACCCAGUCGUUUUGAUGAACCUGAUGAUAUAUCAAUUGAGAUAAACCCAGUUAUCCUGAUGAAAGACCGGCCGCAGGGAAACCCAGUCGUUCUGAUGAACAUCCAAUUACAGGAAAAUUCGAUCGUCCUGACGAAAAACCAGGAAAGCAUAGACGUGGUGAUCAAUCACCGGAUUCUAUUGCCGAUUCUGAAAUAACGCCAACGCCAUCAGAAAUCCUUUCACGUUUGCCAUUAAGGAACAGUGUAUCUGUGAACUCUGUACUUGUGGACGCCAUCGUGUCCGCACAAUCUUCCUGAAGAUAAUAUAGAUAUUUCACGCGAUGAGCCAGUACACGUGGUCAGUUCGUAUCGUGAAGAAUUUGAUGAGAAACACGUGGAGAGACAGCACAGAUACCACCAUGAAGAUCACUUACCAUGGAGGGUGAAUUUGUAGGAGAGAGGACGUACCGAUUAUGUGGCCACUUAUGGCGAACGAGAGCACUGUAAGAAAACCACAAGACCAUUUGAAACCUGAGGGUGAGUUUAUUGGAAGGCCAAAGGUAGAAGCACCAACCAGAGGUGAAAGGGCACCAACCAGAAAGCCACAGGACAAUCUUAAACCAGAGGUGAAUUUAUUGGAAGGCCACAUGAGGAAGCUCCUAAAUAUGGCGAACGUGUUCCAGUUUGUCAAACCAAAAGACAAUCUCAGACCUGAAGGUGAUUUUGAAAGUGUGACAACAACAGAGCUGGUGUUCACCGGGGUACCCGGCGAACGACCAAGCCCAGUACGUCGAAAUACAUAUAAGGUUGAAGGUGAAUUCAUUGAUGAAACUACAACGAGAUCAGAAUAUAUUGAUCAUCGUAGCAUCCAACGUGCGGAGAUUAUUAAACGUACGGAUAACCUCACCGUAGGAGAGGGUGCAUUCACGGGAACCUCCCAUUUGAAAGAGGAUUUCCAUAAGUAUGAUGUCGUUGAACGUGAACCAAGACAGUAUAAAGCGUUCGAUGAAAUUGAUUACAUUAGUAAUACAGUUAUGAGACGAGAUGAUAAUUUGAGACCGGUAGGACCGAUUGAAUGGACAUCACAUGUGAAAGAUGAUUAUAUUGUACCGGCGAUAACGCAAGACCUGAACAGAAAAGACCUAAUGGACAACUUGAGACCAGAGGGACCAUUUGAAGGUAGACCAAGAGAUGAUUACAAACCAACUCGAGGUGAAAGGGCUGACGUUAAACGGCCUGCAGAUAAUUGCGACCAGAAGGACCAUUCGAGGGACGACCUAAGGACGAUUAUACCUCCGAAACGUGCAGAGAGAACCAGAAAGAUGAUUAUAAACCAACCUCGAGGUGAAAGGGCUGACGUUAAACGGCCUGAAGAUAAUUUGCGACCAGAAGGACCAUUCGGGGACGACCAGGAUGAUUAUACUCCGAAACGUGCAGAGAGACAGAAGUUAGAAGGGCCUGAGGAUAAUUUGAGACCAGAAGGACCGUUCGAGGGACGACCUAGAGAUGAUUAUAAACCAACUCGAGGUGAAAGGGCUGACGUUAAACGGCCUGAAGAUAAUUUGCGACCAGAAGGACCAUUCGAGGGACGACCAAAGGACGAUUAUACUCCGAAACGUGCGGAGAGACCAGAAGUUAGAAGACCAGAGGAUAAUUUAAGACCAGAAGGGACCGUUCGAGGGGCGCCCUAGAGAUGAUUAUAACCAACUCGAGGUGAAAGGGCUGAUGUUAAACGACCUGAAGAUAAUUUGCGACCAGGAAGGACCAUUUGAGGGACGACCUAAAGAUGAUAUUCACCGAAACGUGCAGAGAGACCAGAAGUUAGAAAGCCUGAGGACAAUUUGAGACCAGAAGUGUUUGAGGGACGCCCUAGAGAUGAUUAUAAACCAAACUCGAGAUUCACCGAAACGUGCAGAAGACCUCAUGUAAUACGUCCAGAAGAUAACUUAAGACCAGAAGGACCAUUCGAAGGUCGUCCAAAGAUGAUUACAUGCCAACCAGAGGCGAGAGAGCUGAUUGUUAAACGUCCUGAAGAUAAUUUGCGCCCUGAAGAGGUCCGUUUGAAGGUAGACCCAGAGACGAUUACAAACCAACUCGAGGUGAAAGGGGCUGAUGUUAAACCUACCUUACAUGCCAACCAGAGCGAGAGAGCUGAUGUUAAACGUCCUGAAGAUAAUUUGCGCCCUGAAGGCCAUUUGAAAGGUAGACCUAAGGAUGGACUAUUCACCCAAACGUGCGAAAGACCAGACGUAAAACGUCCAGAAGAUAAUUUGAGACCGGAGGGUGUGUUCGAAGGUCGUCCCAAAGGAUGAUUACUUACCAACCAGAGGCGAGAGAGCUGAUGUUAAGGCGUCCCUGAAGAUAAUUUGCGACCUGAAGGUACGUUUUGAAGGUCGUCCUAAGGAAUUAUUCGCCUAAAACGUGCAGAUAGACCUCAUGUAAUACGUCCAGAAGACAACUUAAGACCAGAAGGACCAUUCGAAGGUCGUCCCAAAGAUGAUUACAUGCCAACCAGAGCGAGAGAGCUGAUGUUAAGCAAUAAUUAUGAAUCCAGAGGGUCUAUUCGAGGGUCCGUCCCAAAAGAUGAUUAUCACCUCAACAGAGUAAGAAAGGGACCAGAAGUUAAACGUCCUGAAGAUAAUUUGUCAGGGUGCCGGAGGGUCGAUUUGAAGGUAGACCAAGAGUAUGAGUUACAACCAACUCGAGGUGAAAGGGCUGAUGUGACGUUCAUUGGUAGACCUAAGAAAUGUAACUUUAAACCUACCAAAGGUGAACGUGCUGAUGUUAAAAAACCUGCAGAGCAAUCUCAGAACCGGAAGGUUCCAUUUGAAGGGCGACAAUUUAAACCCGAAGGACCAUUCGAAGGUCGUCCAAAGAUGACUACUCACCGAAACGAGCAGAACGACCAGAAGGUAGCGUCCAGAGACAAUCUUCGACCAGAAGGUGAUUUCGAUAGACCAGAAAAUCCUACAGUGGACCAGCCUGAACGUCGUUCACAUCAAACAUCAGACAAUCUCAAACCCAGAGGUGACUCAUUGGUAGACCUAAAGAUGACUUUAAACCUACCAAAGGUGAACGUGCUGGAUAUUAAGAAACCUGAAGAUAAUCUCAGACCAGAAGGUCCAUUCGAAGGUCGUCCUAAGAUGAUUACCUUAACAACUCGUGGAGAACGCAUGAUGUUAUCAGACUUACUGACAACCUGCGAAUGGAAGGUGAUAUUGAGAACUUAUAGAUCACGUGAUGAAUCGCACGAUUUCAUCAUACGUGACGUACUGAAGUCGUCAAGUAUCAGGACAAUUUAAGAAUGGAAGGGGAAUUCACUGAUAUCAGACACGAGAGACGAUUAUAAGGUCGUCAAAGGUGAUCGAGCUGACAUCGUACGUCACCCUGAUAACCUCAAAUCCGAAGGUCCUUUCGAAGGUCUUCCCAAGAUGAUUUACUCACCGAAAAGAGCCGAACGUCCUGAAAUCAAAAGACCAGAAGACAAUUUGAAACCAGAAGGAGAAUUUAUAGGUCGUCCAAAAGAAAAACACCUAAACGUGGGGAAAGAGCUGACUCAGAGACCUAAAGACAACCUACGUCCCGAGGGUGACUUCGAGAGACCAGAAAAAGUCCCAAUGGGUCCUAGAAGAAGAUCACCUAUCAAACAUCCAGAUAAUCUCAAACCUGAAGGUGACUUCGAACGUCCUGAACAUGAGAGUAUCAGCAGCUGAUAGACCAGAAUGAAAAAACCCAAAGAUAAUCUCAAAACUGAAGGUGAAUUUGAUAGACCACAGACAAAGAAGUUUGGACCGGGAAAGAGGACUCCUAUCAAACAUCCGGAUAAUUUGAAGCCGGAAGGUGAAUUUUAGGUAAACCUAAAGAAGAGGCACCAAAAACGUGGUGAAAGAGUUGACAUUAAGAAACCAAAGGAUAACUAUCCAGAAGGUGAAUUCGAUAGACCUGUUAAGUCUCCAGCUACUGCCGAGAAACGUACGCCUAUAAAACAUCCUGAUAAUCUCAAACCCGAAGGUGACUUCACAGGUAGACUAAAGAUGACUUCUAGACCUACCAAAGAAGGUCCAUUCGAAGGCCGUCCUAAAGAUGAUUACGUAACAACUCGGGUGAACGCAUGGACAUUGUCAGACGUACCGACAAUCUGCGAAUGGAAGUUAGCACGAGGAUUAAUCUCAAGUCCGAAGGUCUUUUCGAAGGUCGGCCCAAGGAUGAUUAUUCGCCAAAGAAAGUGGCCAGUACCAGAAAUCAAGAAACCGGAAGAUAACUUGAGACCUGAAGGUGAAUUUGAGAGGCCUGAAAAGGCACGGUGGCCAGCAGAACGUAGAUCGCCUAAACAUGAUGACAAUUUGAAGCCUGAAGGUGAAUUUAUUGGUCGUCCAAAGGAACAGGACACCAAGAAAGGUGAAAGAGCUGACGUAAAGAAGCCUAAAGAUAAUCUGAGGCCGGAAGGAGACUUUGAAAGGCCAGAGAAAAAGCUGUUGGCUCCAGCCGAAAGAAGAACAACAAUAAAACACGCGGACAAUUUGAAACCCGAAGGUGAGUUUGUCCAGAGAUCUAAAGAAGUGAUACCUGGUAAAGGUGAUCGAGCAGGCUAUCAAGAAACCUAAGGACAAUUUGAACCAGAAGGUGAAUUUGAUAGACCAGAAAAGACAGCAGUUGGACCAGCUGAGAGAAGGACACCUAUCAAACGUCCUGAUAAUUAUCCAGAAGGUGAAUUUGUGGGUCGUCCGAAAGAGAAGACACCUGGGAAAGGUGAAAGAGCUGAUGUCACGAGACCUAAAGAUCUUCGUUCAGAAGGAACAUUCGAGAGACCAGAGAAAAUCCCUGUUGACCAGCUGAAAGACGAAUCACCAAUCAAACACGAGGACAAUCUUCAUCCCGAAGGUGAAAUUGUUGGUAGACCUAAAGAUGAUUUCACACCGAAACGUGCUGAACUCCUAUUCAAAAGAGACCAAAGGAAUCUCAAACCCGAAGGUGAAUUUGUUGGCAAGCCUAAAGACGAUUAUAAACCUGGCAAGGGCAAAAAACUGAGAAUCGUAAUUCAUCGUGACAAUUUGAAGAUGGAGGGUGACAUUCACGUACAUAGAUCAAGAGAUGAUUAUACUACAAUCCAGAAUUGAACGAACAGAUGUCUUCGUAGAGAAGAUAAUCUCAAAGUGGAAGGUGAAUUUAUUGAUAUUCGAAGACGUGCCGAUUAUAGAGUGACACGUGGGGAACGUAGCGAGAUCAUCAGGCAUGAAGACAAUCUACGUCCAGAAGGUGACUUCGAGCGUCCCGAUAAGGUACCAGUAGGUCCAGCAGAAAGAAGAACACCGAUCAAACAUCCAGACAGUUUGAAACCUGAAGGUGAUUUUGUUCAAAGACCAAAAGAAUCAACGCCUGGCAAAGGUGAUCGAGCAGCUUUAAGAAAACCCAAGGGACAAUUGAAACCGGAAGGUGAAUUUGAUAGACCAGAAAAGGCAAUAGUUGGUCCUGCUGAACGAAGGACACCAAUCAAGCACCCUGAUAAUCUCCAUCCAGAAGGUGAUUUCAUUGGUAGACCUAAAAGAGACUCCAGGUCGUGCGAUCGAGCUGAUGUUAAGAAACCAAAGGACAAUCUUCGUCCAGAAGGUGAAUUUGCUAAACGUACACCGAAAAACCUCGAACCAGCCGAGAAACGUGGUCCGAUUCGACACGAAGACAAUUUGCACGUCGAAGGAGAAUUUUAUAUCGUUCCGAAGGAUGAUUAUAGUCCUCAGAAAGCUGAACGUUCACGUCAAAAACCACAGGAUAAUCUUAGACCCGAAGGUGAAAUGCAGAUAAUGCAACCUUCGAAAGAAGAUUCAAAUACACGAACGGUGAAAGAAUGGAAGUACGUCGUCACGAAGCUCAUUUACGUAUGGAAGGUGAUUGAUGUUCGCCGAUCUAGAGAUGAUUACAAGAUCACCAAAGUUGAACGAGUAGAUAUAAAGAAAAGAGAGGAUCAUUUAAGAAUGGAAGGUGAAUUUAUAGAUGUUAGAAGAAAGGACGAUUACACAUACUUUGCUGGCGAACGAGUGUCUGUUACAAGACAAUCGGAUCAUUUACGUCCCGAGGGAGACUUUGAUAGACCUCCGAAGAGUCACGUUUCCCCCAUUCGUCAUGUUGACAAUUUGAAGCCGGAAGGUGAUUUGUAGGUCUUUCACGGUGAUGAUUAUACGAUUAAACGAGGUGAAAGAAGCGAGGUUAUCAGGAGAGAAGAUAAUUUGAAACUGUCAGGUGAUUUCAAGGGGACCAGCAUGCAAAAAUCGACAUAUACCGCAGUACGUGGUGAACGUGCUGAGGUUAAACGUCAUGAAGAUAAUCUCAAGGUCAGUACUGAUAGUAUGGAAACAAAGACAACCAGUAAGGACUCGUGCACACCUAUAAAGAAGGAUUUGUCACAUGGUGAUAAACAAAUAAGUCGAAGACGUCACAUGGAAUCGUCGAAUUUAGGUGACGACACUAGCGUCAUGACAACGACCAAUCAAAGAAAAUUACAAACUUAUACCAAACGUGGUAAAGAAAUAGACCACAGAUCAGCAAUCUCGAAUCAGAUAUCAAGAAGAAUAUUUCCGUACAGAGAAUCUAUUCCAGUGAGCAAACACUCUAGAUCCCAAAAUCUAUCCCAAUCACGCGAGCGUAGUAAACGUGAUUAUGUAAAUUCAAUGCAUAUGGAGAAACGUCAGAGCAGUGCUAUUAGACAUACCAAACAGCAUUACGAUCAGCACACUGUAUCCAGCCAAGCUAAAUACAACGGAAGUCCCAUCAUAGAGAAAAAUAUUAUUUCGUCGUCGUCAGCUGACGUAACCAACGUACUUCAUCGUCGUAGUGGUAUGACUACGUCCACGGAAGCUUUACAUACGAUAUCAUCUACUGCAGCUGCAAAAAAGAGUCUCUCAAAUUUAGCUGAAAGUGGACAUACUAAGCAAUUCGGUCAGAGUAAUGACAGACGUAGUUUGACCUCGUUGCACCGUAACAACAAGGAUGCAAACUUUGGGGCAUCGUCUACCUACGAAAGACCACAGAGAAUCAUCAGGCAAGAUAAGUUGACAGUGUGGUAAUUUUAUUCCCAUAGCGAGGCCAAAACUUAUGGGAAUUUUGCUAAUACUCAAAAAAUCGACAAGGGUACAAAACAAUCGAACGUGUCGCAUAUUAAAUUGGGCGACGGCAAUCAUGUACUUCUAGUGUAUAAAAAGGAAUAUGCGCCUAAACACAAAGGUCCCUGUCCUGCGUCCUUAAUCGAAUCGAAACAAACACCCUUCAAACAUACCAGGGACACACCCACUAAAUUUUAUAUGCCACUUGUUUCGAAUUAAAUUUAUUUAGGAUCUAAUGAUCCUAAAUAGGAUCUAAGAUCAUUGAUCCUAUCGAUUAAUUUUUUAUUACUUCUUUUCACUUUCUUUUUUUCUUUUUCUCUCUCUAUUUUUUUUCUUCCUUUUUUCGCUUCAAAUUUUUCGUUUUUUAAUAAAUUUAAGAUACAACACAUACACACACACACACACACACACAUAUAUAUAUAUUAUAUAUGUGCGUAAAAAAAAUAAAUCUGUUCCAAUGAAAUAGAUCAACGAAAUUUUUAUAAAAUUUAUUCGAGCGAGCUCUCGAAUUAUCCUGACAUAUAUUUGUUAAUGGAUUGUUAACGAUCCUAGUAAGAGAAAAGAGAGGAAGGAGGAGGGAGUGUGGGAGCGUAUAAACCGAGAUAGAGAUAGAGUAGAGAGAGAGAGCGAAAGAAAGAGGAAAAAAAAAAACAAUAUAUGUGAUAAAUUUUUGCUGUUAUAUUUUGUGCAUUAUACAUAUUAUUAUUAUUCGUGCGAGACGCUGUGUAGGAGUAACAAAAAAAUAAAAAAUAAAAAAAAAGAAAAAAAAAACGAAAGAAAGGAAAGAAAAGAAAAGAAAAAAGUGGAGAGAGAUUCGCUAGAAAAAAAAUGAUUACAGAUUAUUUGAUAGGGACAUCGAAGUUGUCCUGAAGUUUUUCAACAAAAUAAUAACGAGAAAAAUACAGAUAUUCAGAAAG